AUUCAAACAAAAUGGUGUCAAAACAUUUAAAAUACGUAUGCCUUUAAUUUUGUCGUUGUUUGUUGCGAAUAAACGAACUAUAGAUGUAGUGAUCUCGUUGUGUCUAGUUUAAAGUUUAUAAAAGAGUUAUUCGAUAGGUUUUAAUGGCUCAGCAACGUCGACAACAACAGCAAGAAGAGGAGGAUGUCGAAGAAGACGGCUAUGGCGCCCCACUUGUUGUCAAGAAACUCGAGGUAUAAACCCGUACAAACAAACAGCGAUGUUUUAUUAUUUGAACCGUUUGGUUUUAGUUUUAUGUUACAACUGAUGUUACUUUCAAAGCAUACAUGAGAUAUUUAUGUGCAUCAGUGACAUAUACUAACUACAUAGUAAAUAUUAGUUAAAAUAGCUUUAGAAUUUUGAUGUAAAUGGGUCUGGGACUGCCUGUAAAUGGUUUUACUAUAAAGUGGAAGAGUGCAGCGCAUUGUCACCAGCACUUGUUUGCCAUAUGAUGGCAAAUAGACCUUAUGCAUAAUGACGUCACAAGGCUUGAUGCCUGUGUGGAGUGCUGGUCUUAGUAGUCAUCGCCUGAGAAAAUUAAACAAUUGAAAACGGCCACUAUCGAAAUUUUCCUGGGCUAUGACACAGAGUAGAGACAUACAGAGACGUAACUGACCAUUGUGACCCACUUUUUUUCAGGCAACCGGGCGAAAAAUGAUCAACUGCGCGUGCUCAGCAAGUUUAAAGUGAGUCGUCAUCAGGUCGUCAUCCAAUCAGAUGCAUGCAUCGAGUAACUUGCCGAGCAUGCGCACAAAAAAGUGGGUACACUAGUUACGUCUCUGUAUGUCUCUACUCUGUGGCUAUGACUACUAAUACCAGCAUUCCUCACGGUCAUCAAGCCUUGUGACGUCAUUAUACAUAAGGUCUAUUACUGUAUUUAUGAAAUAGAAGCAUUUAGCAUAAUUUGGUUGUCCCCAUAGCAUUUAGCAUAAUUUGGUUGUCAAACAACUACAUUUGAACAUGUUUUUGCUUGCUACUCUGGCUUUAAUUAAUAAAUGAAUGCAAAGCACAUCCGAAUUGCAUUCACAAUGCAACAUUUUGACACUCCAGUCUAGUGUCUUCAUUUAAGGGGCAAUCUGAAGUCACAGCGUGACUUCUUACACUAUAAUUACACCCAUAGGAUGACAUCAUCUGCCAACAAGAUGUAUAUAUUCUUGUGGCAAAUAAGCACCAUCAUCCCUAUUCAAAGCAUCAUUACUCAUAUUAGUAUGCCAAGCUUGUAGGCAACGUCUUUGGCCAUGGCGAUCGUUAAGGUACGUUUACACGCUACAAUUAAUUGUGUACAAUUUGUAUUCUGGCGUAUUAAAAUGAGUGCUCGCGCCAUAAUUCAUUGCUGUUUCAUUAAAAAGAAAUUUCAAAUGUAGCCAGCUUACGUGACUACGCGUGUUUACUCAAUGACAUACGCCAGAAAACAAGUCGUACACGAUUAAUCGCAGCAUGUAAAAGUAGUUUUAGUGGGAAUGCAAUCAUGAAGUCACAUGUUUGGUGGCACACACAUGUUCUGCUAAAGCUGAUUCCCCCUUAUUUAAAGUCGAAACAGCCUUUUGAUGUUCUUUUAGACAUGUGCAAACUGGCGUUUAGACUGACUCAGAUACCCUUUCUCACAGUGACUGCAUGGUAUAGAAUACACUGUACAACAUGAGUUUUCUGAUUUGUUUCAACAGGAUCUUUUGAAAACUCUAGAGUUAUUAGCACUUAAACAAUUGCCAAAGAUGUUGCCUAGAAUUGUGGCAUAUAAAUAUGAGUAAUUAUCAUGCUUUGAAUAGGGAUUGCUUAUUUGCCACCAGAAUAUCCAUAUUGAUUGGCAGAUGACGUCAUCCCAUGUGUAUAUGUACUGUAAGAAGCCACUUUGCGACUUCAGAUCACAGCUGAUGAAGACUCUUGACUGGAGUUUCGAAAUGAAGAUGAAAUUUAUAUAUAUAUUUUUUUUCACGCUUUAGUUUACAGGUACAUAUUACCCCCUGUAACCCCCACCCCCAUGUCACAGAAUACUACACAGAAGUCCAUCUCCAUAUGUUUCUAGUGUAAGCGCCAUUCGUCAUGAUUCGUCACUCAGCAAGUACCGUAAACAGAAGCAGCCCCCCCUGGAAAUACUCAAAAUGGUGCAAUUCCAGGGGAGUGACUGCUUCUUUUUACGGUACUUGAUGAAUGUGACGAAUCAUGACAAAUAGAGCUUACGCAAAAAACAAUGGAGAUGGACUUCUGUGUAGUAUUCUGUGCCCAUGUAUAAGCCUAUCAAAAAAUGCUUAUGAUUUGAGUAUAACCUCAUGGCUUAAUAUUUGGAGGUUUACGGUACAUGUUCCUUUGUUAGACAUGGUCAUCAUAUUUUUAAGGGACAUGUCAUAUACUGUCAAAGCUAUUCUUGCAGAUAACGGGAAGCGAUCUCUACAACCAAUGGUCAAUAUCGUAUAUUACCAUGUACAUGACAUUCCUGCAACCUGUUUAGUGAUGUACCAAUGUGGAAAUUUACCAAUAUUGAAGAGCCAAUAUUGGCUGAUACCAAUAUUCCAUUUUACUACAAAAUUUGGCAAUGGGUCAUUCCAGAAAAGAUCCAUACUCCCCCCAAGGAGGAAAUUUUUGCCAUUCAGAGGGGGAGGGCAGAAAAUUUUGUUUCUGAUAAUAGUAAGUGUAUUAGGCCAUUCGAAGGAGGUAGGGGGGGGGGGGUAACUUCCAAUUUCCCCUGUUGGAGAGGUAUGAUUGUUUUCUGGAAUGACCCAAUUGGACUUACUGUCAGUUAUAGUAGAAAUUUCAUCAUAACUACAGGUAUGGUUGCGAGUGACCAAUUAGCCAUUUCCCAAUCAAGCAUCUAGGAUUGGGUCUGGUUGCCUGUUUGGACGGACAAAAAAUAAACAAUAUGCCGAAUAUGGCAUCUAGGAAGUUUUCUUACAUUCCUAAAGUUAUUUGUGCAGCCCGAAAUGCAACAAUUAUAAUAACGCAUCUUAAUAUAUAUUUAGCUUGCUCACUAUAACUUGUUGUCCCUCGAAACAUCAACUAGACCCAGUCCUCUGCUCGAUUAUGAAUGGCUAAUUAUGUACAAUAUUAACACGUACCAUAGUGAUCAUACAUGUAUAUGUACAUUGAUAACAUCAUGGAUAGGAAACUUCCUGACGUCACAGUCUAAACCUAGUUGCAAUCUGUGACGUCACGCGUAUCGCCAAAGUUCUGGGCAUUUUUGUUGUUUCGCUAUAUUUUCUGCUUUACAAGAGUAAUAUUGAAGCAUAAACUGGUGUAAUUGUUUUAAAAACAUGCCUAAGCCACGAAAAAAUAUUCAAGGUAAAUGUUUUUCGCCUUUGUUUUGUAUUUUUUUACAUUUGUAGUUACGAAAUUGGCGUCGCCAAUUUUAACGAAAUUUGCGAUGCAUUUUUCACUGUUUAGUGCUUGAAAUAUUUGCUAAAAUUGACUGGAAAUACUUAGAGAUUUCAUCGUAGAAUGGCUUAGUUAUAUUUAUUUGCUCUUUGACUAAAAUGUUUAGCUGUACUGUAUUAUUGCUAAACAUGCCGUUUUUGAGAAUUUGGUUUGCAACUAGGUUUCAACAUGCAAUCACGCCAUCAGCCCAUUGAAAACAUUAGGUCACGUCAGCUAGUUUCCUAUCCAUUUAUUUUAUCCAUGAUAACAUCUUUGAAUAUGGCUAUGUAUUGAAUUUAUACCGUUACAUUCAGGUCACUGACUGAGUUGUGUUAUUACCGAAUUGGUAUCCAAAAUUUUUGGGCAUCAUUUUCAAAAUGCUGAUAAAUUUUUUUGUAAAACAAUACCGAAUAAUAUUGGCAACAAAAAUAUCGAUACUUUGAAUUUAGGACUGAUAUCUGAUAUGGAUGUCGGUGCAUCACUAAACCUGUUCAUUUAAUAAACAGUUUCAUUCUCUUCAGCAAUAUGGUAUAAGUGCAAGUGAUAUCAAGAAGCUUGAAGAUGCUGGUUUGCACACAAUAGAAGCUGUGGCGUACUCAUCGAAAAGACAUUUGACAAGAAUUAAAGGAAUCAGUGAUGCUAAGGCAGACAAAAUACAGCAGGAAGCAUAUAAAUUAAUACCAAUGGGAUUCACAACUGCUACUGAAUUUCAUGCAAAGAGAUCAGAAUUGAUUACAAUUACGACAGGAUCUAAAGAAUUGGACAAACUACUCCAAGGUUUGGAUUUUUAGCUGCUUAUAUUUUAUAUUGAUUUUCUAUAAUUACAUUAUAUAAUUAUAUAAAAAGUUGAUUGGCAGAGAGCACUCCAAUUUUACUGAAAUAAACUGUGCCAUGCAGAAAUGAACUUGAAAACAAUAGUCAAUACUCUGUGCAAUAUCAAAAUUUGUUUUUGUAUAAACCAGUUUUUUGAAAAGAUUGUCUAAUAUAGUUUUCGUCAGUAUUUCAAAGCUACAGUGCAUGGAUGUAUAGCUGUCUUUCUCUUACAAAAUAUUUUGACUGUUCGCGAUGAUGAUGGGAUGGUGGGUUCGAUUCUCGCUACGGACUCAUGUGAAAAGAGUAAGUCAACGCUCUGCCGAAAGUCGUGGGUUUUCUCCUGGCGCUCCGGUUUCCUGCCACUGGGAACGUUGACAGGGUGGGUUAGGAUAAACAUAGUUAAGAAAGUAAUCGCAAUUGUUGUAAAGAAAUAAAGAUACAGUAAAUAGGCUAAGUAAGUACAGUAACAUAAGUAAGCGUAAUACUUAAUGUAAUCGGUCACUGAAAAGCCCCAAUGGGGAGUGAGCUGAAUAAUAAUGUAAUGUUACUUAACCGCCAGAUACGUGUACAACAUGACUGCACGUCGAUGAUCACCAUGCAAACUUUGUCCUCAAAGAUCGUCCAUGCAGCUUCCCCAAUAUAAAGCAUGCCAUAUCUACUAGAGGUGUGCAAAUCCGAUCCGAAUCCGAUCCGAUUCGUUCGGAUUACGGAACCAAAAUAUUCAUAUCGGAUCGGAUUGAUAAAGUUGUUUUGUAGUCGGAUCGGAUCGGACUUCGAUAUCCGAAAUAAAAUGAAUUAAUUAUCCACGCAUUUUCGAAAGAAUUCAUUAUCCAUGCAUUUAUCAAGGCAUUAUCGCGGUUGUCGCUGCAUUAUUCGUAUGAUACUGUACUUCAAUUGGACGUCACUUUGUCAGCUUCUUGACAUGUAUUUCUUGCUUUUAUAUUUAUUUGGUUAAAUAUUUCAACUUAAAUGAGAAAUUUAUUUUGUUAAAGAAUUCUUCGGAUCGGAUCGGAUUGGAAUUCUUUAUCAAAACUCGGAUUGGGUGCGAAUUAGACAAUUUCGGAUCGGAUAGGGUUUUAAACAUUAGGCAAUUGUCGGAUUAUAAACGUCCGAUCCGAUGCACACCUCUAAUAUCUACUGCAUGAUAUGCAGCUAGUACAUUAGAUGAGAUGGGAGGAGUUAUACUAAGACCAAGGGGUUAUCGGAGCAAAUUGAAGAUGUUUCAGGUUCGUUUUUCAAGAUAUGGAAAUUCUUCCUAAUGACAUCUCUAAGUUUGAGAUUGAAAGCAUGAUAUGUUAAUACUAUUCGAAUUUUGUUGUUUAUUACCUGCGACAUUGGACACAGGGUCUAUAUAAAGGCCUGAUUCCACGAGCGCUUUUUGUCAGCGAAAUGUGAAAUAUUUCGCCUGUUUCUUUUGAAUUGCGACCACUCAAAUAAAUUAUUUCUACUUGAUUGCUCACAAUUCAAAAGAAACAGGCGAAAUAUUUCGCAUUUCGCCGAGAAAAAGCGCCCGUGGAAUCAGGCCUUAAGGGUCUCAGUUCGGGGAAUUUGGGAGGCCUUCGGAUAGGUCUGAGAGAGAAGUUGGAUAUAGCCACGCUGGACUAAAAAGUGUCUCAUUUCCAGACUUUUGGUUUGGAAGUCCUCAUCUUCACUGCAUGCGAUGUAUUCUGUAAUGUGAUUUGCAUUUUUUGUGUACAGUACUUUGUUUUGACUGAACCAUCUGAUUAGUUUACUUUUUGUCACGCGUAAUCGCUUUUAUAUAUAUUCACCAGUACAAAAUCUCAUGUAAUUUUCCCGACCGCCACAAAAUUAACCUAUACUGUAACUUCCCGACUAAAGCCCAUUUUCCAAAAAAUUCACCGGGUGGAAAAUGAGCUUAAGGGCCUUCGCUCGAAACGUCGAAGUUCUCCUUGUAUUUUUUCAUGUAGUUGCAUGACUAUCAACCGAACUUUUGUUAUUAUUGCCACUACCUGCACUGGCAUAGAUCAUAUAAAAUAAAAGGGAUCACAAUUUGCAAUGCAAUGAAAAAAUUGAAACUUUUACAGGUGGAAUUGAGACUGGUUCCAUAACAGAAAUAUUUGGUGAAUUUCGUACUGGAAAAACUCAACUUUGCCAUACAUUGGCAGUUACUUGCCAGGUAAGUUUAUACCUCUUGUUGAAAAAUGUUAUGUUAUAUGUAGAUAUUUAGGGGUUUUACCAAUUCGACUAAGGUGAUCGCUAGAUAGUAUACCUCAAAAUAAGGUUUCCGUAACCCUAAUACUAACCCUAACCUAUCCUAACCUAAACCCUAACCUAAACCCUAACCUAACCCAAACUUAUUUUAAAAAUUGAUAUAAAAACGGAAACCUUAUUUUGAAGUAUACUAUCUAGCAAUUGCCAUUCGACUAACCCCCAAUUUCGAAUUUACAGCAGUUUCACCUGCAAGGCGAUGUAACCCAACCAGCGGCUAAAGGAUAUCAAAUGUUUGGAAAUUUCGAGUGGAUUUCUUAUACAUUUUAUUAGACCUAAUUAGGACCAGUUGCAGGGCUGCAAAUUACUGUCGGACAUCGGACAAUGUCCGACUAAAUUUGGCAAAUGUCCGAGCAAAAGUAAUUUUGAUCGGACAUUGGUCAGAUCACAAAAAAAUUUGGUCAAAUUAUACAUUUUUUUGCUGUGACAAAAUUCGAUUGCAAAUUCACUCAAUUUAUUUUGCAAUAAAAUUGACGAGGCAUUCUAGCAUUUUACUUUAACGUUGCGCCGGAAUGGCUAUACAUACUUGUCCUGUGACUUAGCCUAUAUAUAUCUUGUGACGUAUAUAUGUCCGACCAAAUUUAAUUUAGUGGUGUUGGUUUUUGUCCGACCAAAUUCAAGUUAUGUCCGACCAAAAUUAAAAGUGAUCGGACAAAUGUCCUGUCAAGUCAAAUAUUUAUUUGCAGCCCUGAGUUGCGAAAAAUGCAACUAUCGGCCCUCUGGUAGGAAUCGAACCUGUUACCCUGCGAUUCCGGUGAAGCGCGAGUAGAGAGACUCACAGUUGUCGAGCUCUAUAACCACAAGUUAGGUCUAAUGUAUAAAAUUGAGAUGCUCAAAAUCCUGAUAUUUGCAUUGGCAUCACUUUAGUAUCAAUACAUGAACAUGUAGUUAGAGCUGGACCUCAACUGUCUCUCUGUAUAGCUCUACCGGUUGGAGCGCUGCUGCACCGGAAUCACAGGGCUGCAAGCUCGAUUCUUGCCAGAGAGACUAUAUAGUUGCAUUUUUCGUAACUGCCCCUGGUUCGAUCUGAUAAAAUGUAUAAAUUAAAAUUCCACUCGUAAUUUCCAUCUACAAAUCCCUUUAUAAAAUGUUUUCUACAGUACAGUCGGUGAAUGAGUCCCUGUACAGUAUAUUUAUUGUACGAGCAUAUUCAAACCAAAUCAUCUCUUAUUAAAUUAUAGUUGCCAAUUGACAUUGGUGGGGGAGAGGGUAAAGCAAUUUAUAUUGAUACUGAGAAUACAUUCCGACCAGAGAGGCUCCUUGCUGUGGCAGACAGGUUAGCAUCUGCAAUCUGCAUGUAAAUUUAAUGAUUAUCAAUUUUCUUAACACAUAUAAUUUUACCUUUUUAUAAAAUAUGCGUGUACUAAAUCAACACGCACCUUGAUUCAUAGCCUUAGCCUGCUGCACCUCCAUAGUUUAAGCACAUGCCUAACUUCAAGUUCGAAACAUACGCUUCAAAACAUCAAAAUUUAAAAUUUAAAUUACAGGCCAGCUCCAAAAAUUAUGCGGAAGCAGAGAAACUACAGUACAAUAUCCGACAAUAAUGUUGUAACACCUAGGCUUUUCCCCUGCUACAUGAUGUUUUAACUAUAUGCUAAAAUAAGUUAACAUGGAAACGAGGCCAUUGGGUAAAAGAGAAUAAUCGGUAAGGUUUCUUGUAUUAAGUUCACAAUGUUGAAUGGUUUUGUACUGUAGAUGGAUUUUUUUAGUGUCAAUUUUACGUUUAUUUAGACCUAACUUUUCAACUUUUAACAAUGAUAUUUUCGGGAAAUUUUCUGUCCGUGGAAAUUUUUCUUGACAGGAUGAUAUGGGCCUUUGCAAAAUGCCUGGAAAUGUCAUUUCAGAGGGUUUAAAUUUCCGAAUUUUCACAACAUGAUGUUUUACAUGAUGUUGUGAAAAUUCUGAAACGUUGUUUUAACUAUAUGCUAAAAUAAGUUAACAUGGAAACGAGGCCAUUGGGUAAAAGGGAAUAAUCGGUAAGGUCUAUUGUAUUAAGUUCACAAUGUUGAAUGGUUUUGUAGAUGGAUUUUUUUAGUGUCAAUUUUAAGUUUAUUUAGACCUAACCAGAGCAACUGCCAUAAAUGCACCAGGACUGCAGGAAUGAAUUGCAGGUUCGACUUCUGGACGAGGGCCUAUUCAGAGGAGGAGUGAGGGUCUUCCCACAAUGCAUUGCGUCUCAUUAUUAUUCACAAUUACGAUUUUUGGCAAACGUUAACGAAAAAGUUGUUGAAAUAUAUUGCGAUUUUUGUCUCUGAAGAUUUUGUUUUUUCGAAGGUAUGUGAUGAUAAUUGUUUUGUUUGGACAUCUAAUUAAACAGUUUUAUAUUUUUUUGGUAUAGAUAUUGCUUUUUAGUUAUGCUAAUUACGCAUUGUAUUUAUGCUUGUUUCGGGUCAAUGGACACGCCAAAAAAGUGGCUUUGAAAUAACGCAGGAGCGAACUACCUUUUUUAAUGAGAAAAGUAAAAAAAAACACGUCAUCAAAUUCAGGAAGACUUGCUCUUUCUGUUGGUUCUUUAAAACGCUAGAUCGCUCCUCCAAAUCGACAAGCAAUCGCGGUUUGAAAAUGGGGUAUUUUUGCUAUAUUUUAAUGCCGAUGGCGGGAAUAGACGGGUGUCGAUCCUUAUGGCGCGAAGGAAACUAUUUUCUAUAUCUUUGAAACAUACGCAUGUAGUUGUUACAUAUUUCAAAAUAUGUGUAAUGUUACCUUUACAAUUAAGGUCAGAAUGUUAGUUUACUGUAUCGACUGUAUUUUUGUCAUUUUGUUAUAGAAUUCGGACAUGGAAUUCAUGGAAUCAUGCAGAUAGUAGUGAUGUUGUCAUUGUUAGUGACGAAUGAAAUGAUACUGCCAUAUUAAAAGCGAGUAUAUACGAGGGUAUAUACGUCUAAAGGUGAUACCCCAGGGAAACCUAAUAAUAAGAGACACAAAAUUUCACGUUUGAAGAAUUCAACAUCAAGUCGAACUUUGUUUCAGAGUCCUGGAACAUCACCAAAGGGAUAAAAGUACAAAGGUUUUUACAAACAUAAAAUACAGUACGACUGUACAAAAACAUUGUAUUUUAAACCCUUUAAGUGGCAAUACGCCCUGAUGCACCCUACUUUAGUAUUUUACUCUGUCUAAUGCUAGACCAUUUUACUCCUCAAGUGGAGAGUGCUGCCACUCAAUGGGUUAAUGAGACAAUGAGAUGUUAAUGGGGGGGGGGGGCUAAAAGUUAUUAUCAUAGUAACAAUAACAUUGUAUUUUAAUGCUUUUUUGCCUGUGAGAAUUUCUGUCCAUAGGCAUACGAGGCUGGGGGUUGCAACCCUCCAGUCAGUGUUCAGUUGGGCAGGAUUCUGCUUUAAAAAUUGGGCAAUUGUUUUAAGAUUGACUUCAAACAGAAUUUCUGCAAGUCUGCAUAGGAGUUAUGUUCCUUCUAUUUUAUACCUCUUGUUCAUCUAUAAAUAAACUCAUGACAAUGUCGGGCAAUUUCUGUCCACCCGUACGCCAAUGAUAUUUUUCAAUGCUGGGAGUGGCAUUUCAGAAAACCUAUAGUGCACAAAUUUCCUGGAGAAGCAUGCCCACAAUCCUGGUAAAAAUCCAUGAGUUUCUUUGUUGUUGUCUAAUGGUGCUGGCACUGACAUUGCCUCUCUCACUUUUGCUGUUUGUUUUGUAGUUUCCUAUCACAAAGAUUUCCUCCAAAGAAAUUCCCAGUAAAACUUCAUAAAUGGACAUGCGAGGAAGAUAAAGCAUUCAUUGAAUUCAUAUCUGUUGCAGAUAAUCAUGCAAAUGAUUGCAAUUGAAGAGGUUUACCAAUUAUGUAAUACCUCUAGAUUGUUUUAAUACAUCAUUAAGCUCAUAUACUAUUCAUGUGUACUGGUGAAAUGAAUGUAAUGCAACAUUUUAAAAACUUCUCUUUAUUUGUGCACAUAAUUUUUUUUUUUUUAAAAACCAUUUUAAUUAUCUUUAAGUACAGUAAUAUUAUGUUAACAUUUUUUCGAUUUUAAAAUAAAUAAAUUUUAUAAACAUCAAUUAUGUAGUGUGUGAUCUUUUUAUUAAUUUGUGAUGAGCAAGAGAAGACUAUACACUGAAAAUCGUGAAUACCAUAAACCUCCGAAUAUAAGCCCCCCCCCCCUGUGUAUAAGCUCCCCUUGUGUAAGCCCAUCAAAAAUCACUUACAAAAGAAUAUAAGCCCAUUGCUUAUAGUUGGAGGUUUAUGGUAGAUUGUCAAAAAACUGCAGAACUGAUAAGAUGGUGUCCAUGGGAUACAAUACUUAUGGUAUAAUGGGUCAUUCCAGAAAACAUCCAUACCACCCCCACAGAGGAAAUAGGAAGUUAACCCCCCUACCCCCUUCGGAUGUCCUAAUACAUUUACUAUUAUCAGAAACAAAUUUUUCUCCCCCGCCCCUCCGGACGGCAGAACUUUCCUCUGUGGGGGGGGAGUAUGGAUCUUUUCAGAGUAGUCAAUACAUUUAUAUAUAUAGUGUCAUGAUAGUGCUGAAUCGCCUCCAUUUCAUUCUCUACAAUGCUAUCACUGGGUGCUUCUUCCAUCAUUUGGUGUGUAUGAAUGUGUGUCAGGGCAAACAGGAUUUAUUGGUAAAUUAAAACAGCUACAAUCAGUUGGUUGAUGUAAUUCUAUUGGUGGAAGUACACUAUCCAACUCAUCAUCUUGACUAUUUGGGAUGUUGGUGAUGUUGAAAUGUCAAACUCCCAACAACAUAAUAUUGUUAUAUUCUUCGUUUAUACCUCCUUCCCGUGGAUCAUUAGGGUCGAAGAACUACAUGAUAUGAAAUAAAAAUACGUUUUUAAUAAUACGUACUGCUGUAUUUUUAAUACAACAUAGGAGGAUUUUUCUAUUUUUAUUUAAUAUAAAAAUCAUCUCACCUUAAAAACACAACUAGAAUGAAUUUGUACCAGUGCAGGACUACCGCAAUCAGCGAACAAAUUCAUCAAUUUUUAUCCCGUUAACCACAGCUGGACAAAGGACUAUUCAUCGAACUAUCCAUAGAACUAUAGACAUGAACCUCACGACAUUCAAGUUCAUCACACGGUAAUCCUUCCGAAAUUAAGAUUAAAGGCUGUUUUGACACACAGUGAACACACCUCAGAACACACAGAAGCUCGUGUCCACCCAAAAACGAAGCUUUCUUUCCAUGGAUAGUGCAAAAAUGCACCAUUUUACAAUUUUUUUUCUAUAAAUCUUUUCUGAAUCUCUUGAAACCUCGAGGUGUAAACACAGCGAAAGCCGACCGAACAAUGACGGCGCAGAGCGAGAAAUCGAUAAUAUGUAAAAAACCGCGCCUGACCGCGUUGCAUGCCGGUAUAGUCCUCACUCCUCUGGGGCCUAUUGUAGUAUUGUAGUUGCAUUUUCUGUAGCUAGUACAGAGUACUACUGGUUAGGUCUAUUACACUCGAAAUUUCCAUGGACAAAAACCUUCAACAUUCGUAAAUAAUACUGGUAUGUUCACAAUAUAAUUUUUGGGUUUUGCUAUAGAUAUACGACUGGUUAGAUUAAGCCAAAUUUUCCAUGAUUUGUAACCUUUACAAGUAUGUGAUGCUCCUGAAUAGUAUUGCUUCAUAUUUUGCUCUAGAUAUGGCCUUGAUGGACAACAAGUGAUGGAUAAUGUGGCAUAUGCUAAAGCGUAUAACACAGAGCACCAAUCUCAACUCUUGCUCAACACGUCAGCAAUGCUCUCAGAGUCUAGGUUUGAUUAUACUGUCGAUGCAAUAGAAGUGUUGAUAAAAUAUUGCACCAAUUCCUUUCCUCAGGAUGAUCAAUUCAUUUGAAAUAAAAUUGAUCAUCUUCCUGUUACUUCUAGAUGAGCCAAUUAGAUUUCGUUUCAGAACCGAUUGACCAAUAGGAAACGCACAGGAAGUAAAAAGAAAUUUAAAUUCGUAUGAAUUGAUCAACUUGACGAAAUGAAUUGUAAUGUUUUAUCAACACUUCUAUUGCAUCGACAGUAACAGUACAAUACAGUUAGUAGCUACUGUAUAUACUAGUUAAUAGUUAACAAACGUCUUGUUUGAGAUAUUAGUCAGAGUGGUUCGGAUUUGACUACUACAUCGGAUGAAUACAGUAUAUUUAGAAGAUCCAUGCAUGGUGACACCAUGCAACACCCAACUGUGAAAUAGCACAAAUAUGGAGUUUUUACAUAACAUUCACCGGAGUGCCGUAAUAACGUUGAAUAUAUGAAAAGUAUAUAUUUUUCAACGUUAUGACAUCAUGCAAUGGAAAUACGAAAUACGGAAACACGACUAUAACAAAAUGGCUCCGCCCACCGCCAUUGUUCGCACCAAACUGCAGGUUUAAAGGGAACAACUUUUCAAAUAUAAUCAAGAAAUAUAAAAAGGCACCGACGAAUGGUUUUGAAAGUUGAAACAUCUCAAGGUACUUAUGAAAGAAAAAAGAAAAGAAUUGGGGAAAACAUGAUCAUUAUUUCGCGAAUUGAACCCACAGGUGCGGAUGUCUUGUUCAUCUUUUAAAUAAAUAAUAAAACAAUUAUUGGAUUCGGUUUUCGCCAGAUAUGAAGAAUAGGCAAUUCCAGCUUUUAGUUUAUGCGCGCAGGGGACGAUGGGAAGUAAGGUAUCACAUUGCUGAUUAUGCUGAAAUAUAAAAAUGGUGGCCGUGUAAACACGGAGUGAUAGCUUAUACUUAUUGAAAUAUUUCGGUUGCUUCGGUAGUUUUUAUUGAAAUUUUUCAGCAUAAUCAGCAAUAUGAUACCUUACUUCCCGGCAGGCAUAAACUAAAAGCUGGAAUUGCCUAUUAGCAAGCCCUCAAUUUGUGUUAUCAACCUAAGCUUUCAUAUCAUACUCAACCUCACGCAUCUGAUUGGUUAAUAGUCCAUUAAAGGUAGCGAUAGUGGAAGUGAAAUCUUAACAUCUCUGACUUAAAAUUGACGGAAGCUAGACAAUUAUAUAAUGGACUUUAACAUUCGUAGUCUUUGUUAUACUUUCUGAACCUAAGGCACCAGUCAUUAUUUAUGGGAGGGGCACCGAAGAGCAAAGGUCUGAGUGAGUAAAAGGUUGGGUAAAUGAAAAACAAAACAACUCAAUGGUUGGGUAAUGUAAUUUCCAAAGCACGACUCACUCAAAUAUUGAAGACUAAAAAGCAAUGUCAACAGUCAUAUGUCAGUACCAUAUGUAAACAUGAAACUUUAGACUGCAGAAAAUUGCACAAGUGGUUAUCAAACUUAUGUCUGAGAAGUGGUAAUUUAAAAUGACAUGUAUAUUUGUGUCAGUAUCGGACAACUGAACGGUAUCCUUUUGUAAAGUUUUUAGCCAGGGUUCCCCAUUAUAUUAGAGGUUGGGUAAAAAAUGUUUUGACUUUUUAAUAGUUGGAUCAGCAAAAUUUUUACCAAGUAAAACAUUUCUCUUCGGUGCCACCCCCGCCAUAAAUAUUAGGGAGCUUUAGCAUCGUCUACGAGUACAAGUACUAGAUUUGAUCACGUUCGUAGUCGUUCUCAUUUCCGUUUCCGUGGCAGUAGACAAACAACGAAAGAAAAAGUUUCUAUAAACUAAAUCUCAUGCAGGCUAAAAUCCCCCUACAAAAUUAACCCUUCAUGAGGAACAACACUGUACACGAAUUAAGUGCAAAUAAGUCCUGAAUAAAGCCCCGUUUACACGAGCAAAUUUUAUUUGACAAACUUCAUUUGAUCAAAAGCUAGCAUGCUAGCUUUAUGCUAGCUUUUGUUUAGCCUGCGAACAGGCUCUCAAGCUGAAUUGAGAGCCUGCAUCGAUGACUAAUGAAUUUGAAUAUCUGCCCCGUAACGUUCGUUUUUUCCAAAUAUGGAAUGUCUAUCCUUAUAUGGUGUUGUUUACAAACUUCGUGCAAACUAAAUUUAGACCGUGCAAACUAAAUUUAGACCGUACAGUUUAUACUGUUUUUCGAAAUAGAAGAUAUUGAAGAAAAAGUUCAAAUGUUAAAUACUGUUUUCACAAAACAGUACAUUUCGUACUUUGAGAUAAGACGGCCAGGACCAAUUUGAUCAGUUAAUGUGUUUUUUAUGCAUAGUGCUUCAGCAGUUGACAUAUAUAGAGCUCAGCGGAAACAUAUAAAUUAUAGUAUUUGACCAAUGAGAAUUUCGCGUCACGAUUUGAGACGCAGAUAUUCAAAUUCAUUAGUCAUCGAUGCAGGCUCUCAAUUCAGCUUGAGAGCCUGUUCGCAGGCUAGCUUUUGUUCAAAUGCAUUUGUCACAGUAAAUUUGUCACAAAUUUAUCAUCUACACGAGCAAAAUAUCUUUGACAUAUGAAAUUUGUCAAAUAAAAUUUGCUCGUGUAAACGGGGCUUAAGUGGAGUUAAAAACAAGCCAGAUAUUUAAUACUAAUAGAUUAUUUGCGCCAGAUAAACAGAAAAGAAAAAAAGUGUCUUUGUUUUUUCAAAUGUCGUCGUGAGGACGACCAGAUUUCCAAAAUUUCGUACUUGGAUGGGCGAUGGCUACGACUUUUUCAACGUGCGUUUCACAUUGACGAAUCUCGCACUCGUUGUCGCUACUAAAGCUCUGUAAUGACUAAUGACUGGUCCCUAACCGGCGAAUGCAAAACGUCGUAAAGUUUUUUUUAUCUCUUUGAAUAAUCUUUGUUUUCAUUAUCUUGUCCAGGUAUUCUUUAGUUAUUGUGGACAGUGCUACCGCUCUUUACAGAACUGACUAUUCAGGCCGUGGUGAACUUGCUGAUCGUCAAAUGCAUUUAGGAAGAUUUUUGAGGACUCUUCUCCGAUUGGCGGACGAGGUAAACAAAUUUACUUGUUUGACAUGUUUAAGGAAUAACCUUUCACCCUUUUCAGCAGCUAGGCGCUUGGACCCGCUUCCCUAGUUAGAACACUACUGCCUUAGCUUCCGCUAGUGAUUAAUAUGUAAUUGGUUAACGGUUGAAAACACUGCCACCCCACUCCUACUUGAUUUACUGUAGCUGGAUCCAUCCCUGGUCUAAAAAACGUAUUAAAUUCAACAUUAAUUCCAAACUAUUAAUUCUCCUUACAUUUUUUAUUGCAGUUCGGUGUUGCUGUAGUCAUAACAAACCAAGUGGUGGCUCAAGUGGACGGUGCUUCUGUGUUUCAAAGUGAUCCAAAGAAACCAAUAGGAGGACAUAUUAUGGCACACGCUUCCACAACAAGGCAAGUUGAAACGCUUAGUUAUUACUCUGCCAUUAUAACUUGUUGCCGGUCGUAUUCGCGCUAUUGUGGUUUUUGCUUUUGUUUCGGCUUCCACAACCUUGAAACAGUUGAGAACUAUUGUUAUUCGUUUUCCUAAAAAUAGAGUCUGGUGCGAGUCAAAAUGCCCUUUGAAAUCCGCCAUUUGGUGGAGACAAAAUUUUGAAGUACGCAUUCUAUGUCUAUUUUUCUAUGAAACUUUGUAAAAUCGUUUGGAGUUAUAAACUACCAUCGAAAUAAUUAAAAUUGGUUCAGAUAGGAAAUUUUGAAUUUGGUUCCACCAUUGCCCCGAUAUACCGACCGGUCAUUUUGGAAGAGAAUUCCUCAAAAUAGUAUGAAAUUUGUGGUUUUCGUAGCUAUAAUGUGCGGAACUCAUAAACGUUUCACUGCAUGCAGGUAUAUGCUUUUGAGAUUAAAAUAUUCCUUGCAACAGGCUGUACCUGCGAAAAGGUCGUGGUGAAACAAGGAUAUGUAAAAUAUACGACUCUCCAUGUCUACCUGAAGCAGAAGCAAUGUUUGCUAUCAAUCCUGACGGCGUUGGAGAUGCUAAAGACUGAUAAAAUUAAUUCUGCGUGAGUACAGUAUAAACAAUCAAAUAUACAAUUGGAUUCAAUAUGAAAUGAAGAUUUACCUCACGAAUUGGUAGGGAGAGCUAGAUCUAUACUGUUAAUAUUAUCCCAUCGCUGGAUUCUUUCCGAUAACAUGCAGAUAACCAAAUGCAUAACGAAACACGUUGUUGUAAUAUUUCUGUCUGGUCAAAAUUGCAACCUGUACUAUUGUUUUGUCGUCAUAUUGACUUUUUCCGUCCUCGUGUACCGUAGGUUCUAGGAGGUCCUGAUGGAGAAAAUAAAAUCACCAAGCCUAAAAGUUCUUCCACUCAUCGCAAAAACCAGCUUGCUUGCUCGUUGCGAGUGCAUAUAUCUAAUUAGAAUAAACUCUCGAGCAUUGUGAUUGUUUGAAACUACUUGAAGCGAGCUUGCAAGUUGAGUCUUGCGAUAAAUCCAAAUAAAGAGCCUUAAUUUAAGGACAUGUACAGAAGCUUGCCUGGUCUCAUCUACAAUGUGAUUGUUUAUGGAAAACGCCAAAGUUCGAAUAAAAUGUUUCUCAAUAUUGUAUGCGCACAAAACUCAACGGUAGCAUGUAUUUGAGGUCAAGGCUUUCCAUAACUGAUGUAUCCACUGUAUUUAUGCAGUACUGUAAAUAUCUGGUGAAAUUUACUGUGUUGUACCAAAUUUCUUUACUUUGCCCGAUACCAGUAUCCGAAUCCGGUACAUUCCUAUAUAGUGCCAGGAUUCGUGCAGGUCCUUGAACUCCUUGAAAAGUGCUU